AUGCGUAAUCUAAGCAACUUUGACCAUGAUCAAAGCAUCAAGUCUCCCACCAGACAAUCAGUGUCCAUCCAGCCUCCCACCAGACUACCAGUGUUCAUCCAGCCUGCCACCAGACAAUCAGUGUUCAUCCAGCCUCCCACCAGACAAUCAGUGUCCAUCCAGCCUCCCACCAGACAAUCAGUGUCCAUCCAGCCUCCCACCAGACAACCAGUGUCCAUCCAGCCUCCCACCAGACUACCAGUGUUCAUCCAGCCUCCCACCAGACAACCAGUGUCCAUCCAGCCUCCCACCAGACAACCAGUGUCCAUCCAGCCUCCCACCAGACUACCAGUGUCCAUCCAGCCUCCCACCAGACAAUCAGUGUCCAUCCAGCCUCCCACCAGACUACCAGUGUCCAUCCAGCAUCCCACCAGACAAUCAGUGUCCAUCCAGCCUCCCACCAGACUACCAGUGUUCAUCCAGCCUGCCACCAGACAAUCAGUGUCCAUCCAGCCUCCCACCAGACUACCAGUGUCCAUCCAGCCUCCCACCAGACAAUCAGUGUCCAUCCAGCCUCCCACCAGACUACCAGUGUCCAUCCAGCCUCCCACCAGACAAUCAGUGUCCAUCCAGCCUCCCACCAGACAAUCAGUGUCCAUCCAGCCUCCCACCAGACAAUCAGUGUCCAUUCAGCCUCCCACCAGACUACCAGUGUUCAUCCAGCCUCCCACCAGACUACCAGUGUCCAUCCAGCCUCCCACCAGACAACCAGUGUCCAUCCAGCCUCCCACCAGACAAUCAGUGUCCAUCCAGCCUCCCACCAGACAAUCAGUGUCCAUCCAGCCUCCCACCAGACUACCAGUGUUCAUCCAGCCUCCCACCAGACAAUCAGUGUUCAUCCAGCCUCCCACCAGACAAUCAGUGUCCAUCCAGCCUCCCACCAGACAACCAGUGUCCAUCCAGCCUCCCACCAGACUACCAGUGUUCAUCCAGCCUCCCACCAGACAACCAGUGUCCAUCCAGCCUCCCACCAGACAACCAGUGUCCAUCCAGCCUCCCACCAGACUACCAGUGUCCAUCCAGCCUCCCACCAGACAAUCAGUGUCCAUCCAGCCUCCCACCAGACUACCAGUGUCCAUCCAGCCUCCCACCAGACAAUCAGUGUCCAUCCAGCCUCCCACCAGACUACCAGUGUUCAUCCAGCCUGCCACCAGACAAUCAGUGUCCAUCCAGCCUCCCACCAGACUACCAGUGUCCAUCCAGCCUCCCACCAGACAAUCAGUGUCCAUCCAGCCUCCCACCAGACUACCAGUGUCCAUCCAGCCUCCCACCAGACAAUCAGUGUCCAUCCAGCCUCCCACCAGACAAUCAGUGUCCAUCCAGCCUCCCACCAGACAAUCAGUGUCCAUCCAGCCUCCCACCAGACAAUCAGUGUCCAUCCAGCCUCCCACCAGACUACCAGUGUCCAUCCAGCCUCCCACCAGUCUACCAGUGUCCAUUCAGCCUCCCACCAGACUACCAGUGUUCAUCCAGCCUCCCACCAGACUACCAGUGUCCAUCCAGCCUCCCACCAGACAACCAGUGUCCAUCCAGCCUCCCACCAGACAACCAGUGUCCAUCCAGCCUCCCACCAGACAACCAGUGUCCAUUCAGCCUCCCACCAGACAACCAGUGUCCAUCCAGCCUCCCACCAGACUACCAGUGUCCAUCCAGCCUCCCACCAGACAACCAGUGUCCAUUCAGCCUCCCACCAUCUCUGUGACCAGUGACCACUAG